AUGACGAAUUUCAAAAUCACCGUGACCUCCGACACUAUAUGCCCGUGGUGCUAUGUAGGCCGCAAGCAGCUCAUCGCCGCAGAAAAACUGUACCAUCAGUUGCAUCCGUCCUCGGGCGACACCUUCAGUGUGAACUAUAUGCCUUAUAUGCUGCAGCCGGACUGGGCGCGUGGUCCUGCGGGAGCACAAGACAAGCAGGCAGCCUACGUGGCGAAAUUUGGCGCUGAGCGUGCCAAGCAGAUGCAGCAGCGUCUCAGGCUCGUGGGUAGUGAAAUCGGCAUUGACUUCAAGUUUGGCGGCCGCAUCGGAAACACGCGCGACUCGCAUCGGCUGGUGUGGUUGGCAAAGAAGUACGGCCCUGACGUCGAGGGUAAAGCGAUGGACGAGUUGUUCCAGUCAUAUUUUGAGAAAGAAGGUGAUAUCACUGAUCUGGAGAAUCUGCGGAAGAUUGCGGUCACAGUAGGAAUCCCAGAUGCGGAUUUCCGAAAGGCCAUAGUGGACAGCGACGAGGGAGGCAAGGAGGUGGACCGAGAAGUCGCGCAGGCGCAGAUGAAGGGGAUCUACAGUGUGCCAAACUUUGUCCUGCAGGACAAGUACCAGGUAGACGGUGCGCGAGAUCCUGAGACUUUUGUGGGGAUCUUGGAAAAGAUCAAGGCCAUGGAGUCUGGUAAUGCAUGA